AUGCCGGGGGUCGUUAUGGACAAUGCAAAUUUCGGUGAAGCCGGACAAGGGCCAGCUGCCAACAAUCCCUGGAAUGGUAUGCCACCUUCGACUGUCAGUGCCGAUAGGCAUUCAGUUUUAGGCGAUGCACAUAAUAGACGACUUCAUAUCAAUGGGAUGACGAGGGGUACGGAAUUGACCGACACCUCUGCGGCCAAUGUUAUCUCAACGAAUUCUGCGAAUCUACCAGAGUUGCCACAUAUAACGCAAGGCUUUUUCCCGUUCUCGAAAUUGAUUAAUAGAUCCGUGCAGCAAUGCUGGAAUGAUCUUUCUGACUUGAUCGCAGAAAUGGCAGAGAUCCAAGUCUCACCCCAGGACUCGAGUUCACUGCAACUACCUACCAGUGGGAAGCCACUGGGAAACCAGACCCCAGAAAACCUCCUGAAAAAAUCGCGGGUCCUUGACUUUGCACAUGCUAAGCGCGCAGAGUUCAUCAAACUCCUUGUUUUGUCUCAAUGGAGCCGACAAGCAGCCGAUGUUAGCAAACUUAUUGACCUACAAAAUUUCAUCCGUACUCGUCACCAGGCCUACAUGAGCGCUCUACAAUGGGUUGGUGACAUGAAACGAGAUUUGGUGCAAGCGCAAGUAGCCAAUCCGGAUUUGAAAACGGCUCUUGAGGUCCUGUCUAUUGGUAAAGUAUUGUCAAUGUCAGAUCUUGGAUAUAAACCACCCAGGCCGUUAACAGGCAAAGGCACACUCAAAAGAUUACAGAAAAUAAACCGGAUUAUCAGCGUGAGACUGGCUUUAUACGACCUAGUUCCUCACGCCUUUCAAACUUACAGUAUUCACGAUGGCCGAGUCACAUUUGCUGUGCCGAAUGAGUUUGAACUCGAUCUUUCAAUCGGGCAAGAAGACGAGUCUUCCCAACUAUACUUCGUCGACAUACGUUUUCUUUUCACUCCAUCGUCACCGAUUCCCAAAGGUCGGACUCUCGAUGAAUUUGAUAUUAAAAUCAAUGAUUCACUCCGAAAUGGCGGCCUGACCGGAUGUUUCGACUUAUUGCAUAGUCUUGUGCUUACCAAUAAAGUAAAUAUACUUUUUAGGCAAGCCAUGGAAUUGGCACGGGGCGUCUGGUCCGAUGUCUUACACGUUGAACUGUUACAUCGAACGCUCGUUGUAAAUUAUUGGGCGCAAAAAGUUGGAGCUAAAAGUUGGCUAGAAAUUGGAAUCAAGAGCGGCCAUCAAUGUGGUGAAAAAGAUGGCUCCACGUAUCCUUAUCUGGGCUUGCGCUGGAUGAAGGACGGGCAAGAAGUUAACAGUGAGGACAUCGAGUUCAACACAGAGAACCUUUCUGUGGAGUGUAUUUUGCGGAGCGUCAUUGCGCUGCAUAUAUCUCACAUACUCUCUUCCGCAUACCGCAUCAUGAGCGAAAAUUUACUCUAUUCUGCCGGCAAAUUGUCUUUGCGAGCUCAAUUAAAUAGAACCGAGCCUGGAGACUGUGAAAUGAGCAUCCAGCUUACGCCGUCCAGAUAUCUUCGAGUUUCUAUUGAGCCAAUGUCGGGAGCAAGUAUUAUAUCGGCUACUCCCAGCGUUCAAGAGCGACUUGAUAAUGAUCGCAGCUCUGACAGAUCUUCCGCUGAGGAUAUAGUCACCCGUGUUGCACGACUUCGUUGUAUUGCUGCGAUAGAUGAGAUUGAAUCGAGUGUCAGGAUGUUGGGCUUUGAAACAGUGAAUCCAAGGAGUUUAAAGAUCGAUUUUCGGAGGAUGUUUCCGAGCAAUGUCCUGCGAUUUUCUUUUUUCUGGCACCAUCUCUGGGAACGUAACUGGAUUGUAGCAGCGACAAGCAGCAUGGAUGGUGAUAACUGGUGGGUGGUGCAGCUUCAAACGGCAACUACAGCAGAAGGUUAUUCAGCCUUCAAUGCAAGCAACCAUAGUUCGUCCAGUCUUCGUUCAGCGCAGGUCAUCGGGACAUUCCCCCCUAAAAUUCAACAUGUCGGCUACCCAUCCUUGGCGAAUUUAUGGCAUUAUCUUUCUGGUAUUUUAGCAUCUGUUGAUUUCUAUCCUCCUCCGCAAAGACUGGUGAUUGAAUCAGACCUUCGUGUCCCUGAAAUCUUCAUCCGCUACAGAGCGGCAAAUAUUCCCCAAGCACUUCGAAUAGUCUUGCCUUGUGGGUUGAAGAAGAGAGUUCGUAUCAAAGACACUAUUCGUCUUGCAUUUCAUGGGAUCGACCCUCACAAGAAGGUUGCCACGAUGAUCGCUUACGGGAACCUAUUGAUACCGACCAAAUCUUUCAACGCUUUGAUCUCGAGAUGGGACCACUCGCUAGUUUUCCAGAAAAGAGGCACUGGGUUUGCUAUCCGUUUGCUCGCCCCAGCUGGCCGUCCUGUCAUAACCGAACUUAUGGAAAAUUUGCAAAGACUUGAAUGUGUUCUGUCCAUUUUUGAGAGCCUUCAGCGAAAGAAAAUGGAGCCUCAAUCCCUAUCGCUAUCACAUGUUACUUUUGCUUAUGGCCCUGAGAAAGACCUCCUCGCCACCCUCAAUAUUGAAACAUCCAUGCUGUCAAGCCACACUGAGUUUGACCCCAAUGUUGUCGCGUCUCAAUCACAGUCACUAUUUCACCUACGCAUUGGUGUAUCUCUUGAGUAUCCAAAUCCUCAUCGUCGUAUUCAGAAUUCUCUUGAGUCCACAUUGAAUCAUAGUGCCGCCGAUGCGGGUCUAGACACUGUGGCUGAACUUCUCAUCCUUACACUUCCCUUGAUGCGAGCCCUGGACCGAAUGUUAGUCAACCCAUCCUAUCAACAGCAAAUAAGGAUGCAGGUGACUGUUCGCAAUGCGAAGACAUUCCAGAUUCACUUCCCUGCACAGAAAUUCCACUUUCAGUUAGCGGCUACUCAUCAUCGCAGUCACGUGGUUUGGAUUCUAAGAGAGUUAAGCAAGCCAGGGGAAGGAUCAAGCCACGAUCAGCUCAAGUUGAGGCUUCAGGAAAGGUUGUAUAAUUCGAAUGGCGAUGGCUGGAGAGGAUUGGGUAACGGAGUUGUUGCAGAGAUUGACAAAGUUGGAAAUCUCCUGGCAGAGCUUGACAAAUGCUUUGUGGCUAGCGGCACUCUAGGUUAUGAAUUCCCCAGUUCUGAGGUGAAAUUCAACGGCUCGAAAAGUUUUGGUCAACACUUGACAGAAGAGAAUGGACACCCUGAAAGCAUGCUCCAUGAAUCAGCAAGAUUGGUAACUGCACCAAGCAACACAAGCAUUCAGCACAAGGCCGGUGUUACCAUGCAAAAUGCAGAUAUAAUCAUGAUUGACUAG